AUGCAAAGGGAAGAUUUUCAUGCUAGUAUUGAUAUCUUGAUCCUUAAGCAAGUACUGUACAACAGUGAAUACAUUGCCAAAAUGGACAUACUCUGUGUUCCACAUGCAAAGCUAGGGUACACAAUCGUUGCCCUACUUGCCGACAAGAGCUCGGUGAUAUCAGAGAUCUUCCCAUACUACAGCAAGAUAAAGCAUGAAGCGAUGUGCAGCUUUAGACCAUACAGUUGCCCCUACGCUGGUUCUGAGUGUUCUGUGACUGGUGAUAUUCCUUACCUUGUUAACCAUUUGAGGGAUGACCACAAAGUUGAUAUGCACAGCGGUUGCACAUUCAACCAUAGAUACGUCAAAUCCAACCCAAGAGAAGUCGAAAAUGCCACCUGGAUGCUAACGGUGUUUCACUGUUUCGGGCAGUACUUCUGCCUGCACUUUGAGGCCUUCCAGCUUGGGAUGGCACCAGUGUACAUGGCCUUCCUGCGUUUCAUGGGGGACGAGAAUGAGGCGCGGAACUACAGUUACAGCCUUGAGGUCGGCGCCAAUGGCAGGAAGAUGGUAUGGGAGGGCACCCCCAGGAGCGUCCGGGACAGCCACCGGAAGGUGCGUGACAGCCACGAUGGUCUCCUAAUCCAGAGGAACAUGGCAUUGUUCUUCUCGGGCGGCGACCGGAAGGAGCUGAAGCUAAGGAUCACCGGCCGGAUCUGGAAGGAGACGCAGACCCCGGAUGGUGCCUGCGUACCAGUUCUCUGUAGCUAA